AUGGAGUUGGAGCUUGGAAAAUCAAUUGAAUCAUGUCAUCAGGCGAUUAACGACAUAAAUAAGAAGUUUGAUGAACAAAACAAGCAAAUUAGCACAUGCCUCAUCAACAUCGAUAAGCUUUCAACAGAAGUAGCUAGCCUCAGGAAAGAAAAUGCAGAACUGAAGGAACGCGUCAAGGAUAUGGAACAAUACUCAAGAUCGAACAUGCUGGAAAUAAAUGGUAUACCCAAAAAACAGGAUGAAGAUGUAACAGAAAUCAUUUGUAGAAUGAGCAAAGCAUUAGGACACAAAAUAAAAGCAGAUGCAAUCGACAUUUGGCACAGACUUAAACAACGAAAUGAAAACCUACCUCCACCAAUCGUUGUCAAGUUCGUUCGUAGAACAGACAAACAAGUAAUAUUGAAUAAAAGGAAAGUUACGAGGCAGUUUUCUACAAAGCAGAUGGGAGAAACAACGGACCAUCCAGUCUAUGUGAAUGAAAGUCCAGCACCUACGCGAAGAAGGAUUUUCACCAUGGCGAGAGAGAUCUUCAAAAGAGGCAACAUCAAAUACCUAUGGAUCAAGGAAGGGAAGAUUCUAGCUAGGAGAGAAGACGGAACACCAGUUAUUGAACUCAAGAACAGUGAACAAGUGAAAAAGUUGAGCGUGAUAAGUGCAUCUAAGCAGCCAGGUAACCAAGAAAAUAACAGUGUCAGUACCGUACCGUACCGUAAAUAA